CUGUGAGCGUGUUGUCUGGCUGCUGCUAGCUGGGGUUAGCACCAAACAUGGACGAUGAAGACGACCUGGACGAACUGCUGGAUGAAGUUGAAAAAAAGUUUUGUAGAAACGUUUCUGUCGCGUCCGUCGCUCGCGUGGAGCCGAGCGAGGCGGGAAAAAGUGGGAAAGACAACGAAGGACAGAAAAAACACAGUGCCACAAAACCUGAACAGCCGAUAAGCAGCGACACCAACGAUAUUGACGCCCUCCUGGAGGAAUUACUGGAGGAAGACUACAGCGAGUCGUCUCAAAUAAAGACUGAACAGUUUCCUAAAGGAACACAAGUGGAGAAGAAGCUGUCGUCUCAGUCUGGAGGGAGAAAGUGCUGCCCUGUGUUCGUUGGUGGGAGCUCCGUCACAAACGGUGUAGGAACAGCUACAUCCAAGAGGUCAUGUGACCAGUUGAGGUGUACGUCCUGUGACUUCCGGGUGCUGAUGUUUGAUGACUGUGAGUGGGACGUGUCCUGUGAUUACCUGUUCCUCAGGAACAACAUGCCGGACCGUCAGAAGCUCAGAGCCAAGCUGAAGAAGAGGAGAGGUUUACGGGCGUACGCCUGCCAGUGCAGCUGGUUCUCCACGUCGGAGCCGACGGACCUCAGAGACCAGCCUCAGCUCAGAUGGGUCUGUGGAAAACACCAGGACUGAUGGUCACUCCUCACUCUGGAUAACAGAAAUGUUAUGGACAGAGAAACUUCUGCUGCUCAUCUGUUCAGCUGAUCCCUGUUUUUUACUCUAUUGACUUUAGCAGCGUUUCAGAGGCGAAAUCCGUCCUCAGACAGAAUGAAUGGAUCUCCAAGUAGGAAACUUCAGGAAGGUUUCAACCCCAAGUAUUCAUGAGAAACAGUCGACAGCUUCAUUAUGGUGGUACGUGAUUUUCACACCACACAACAGUCACGUCUGUCAUCUUCAGUAUCUCAAAUUUAUACUUCUGAAACCCUGGAAUUACUAUCAAGUCACUGAUGUGUUAAAUAGUCAGACACUUGUGUUUGAUAAAGCUGUACAUAAUAAUAUAAUGUGUUGAGCUGAGGGGAAGUGCAGACUCGUUGAGUUUAUCGCUACAGGCGACUCUCCGUUAUAAAGUAAUCGUGAUCCAGUGUUAAUAUAAAACUGUUGAUUAAUGUAGCUUUAAUCAUGAAACACAAAUUCAUAUCUGUGUGAAAAAGAUCUGAAACAUGUUAGGAAAUGUUAUUUUAUAUUUCAGCUGAUGAACUUUUUAUCACUGUGUUGUUAGUUUGAUGCAAACACAUUUAUUAUUUAACUUGUGAGCAGUUACAUCACUAUGGAUGUGAAGUCUAAUAUUAAAACUGUUCAUAUAUAAAUGUGACAUGCUCUUUUAUAGACACACAUAAUGAAUCAGUGACUCAGUCAGUGCAGAAUUAAUGAACUCCAAACUGUGCAGGUUCAAAUCAACUGGUUCAUUAGCGUUUAAUUCUUUCCUGUAAGUUAACGUCACGUGUGGCCUGGUUUUAUUUCAGAAAGGAUUCAUGCAAACAGUCUGUCACUAACACAUAAUCCAACAGUCCUGCUGUGUAACAGGAUAUUAACCCCCUCCACUUGUCCUGUUACUGAUGAUUUGUUAAAUUAAAGUCACAUAAAAGCUG